CGGGCCCCGCCCUGAGCCCCGCCUCCACACCCCGGCCCCGCUUCCCAGACUCGCGCCGGGUCUCCAGGCCCAGGCCGAAGCCCCUCCUCCAUAUCCCAGCCCGAGCCCCCACGCUCCCGUCGCCGACCCUCCUGCGGGGGGCGGAGUUGCAGGUGCGGGCCGGGGCGUGGCCGGCGUCUCGGGGCGCCAGGUGCGCCUUCUGUGUCAAGAUGGCCGCCGCCUCUAGCGCGGCGGCUCGACUCCAGCGGGGCCGCCGCCGUCUCCCGGCCGGGUCUCCGCUGCUGGGCGUCGCCCUCGGCCUCCUGUGCUGGGCCCCGGCGGCUGUGGGCGCCGUUCCCGAGCUCGGGCUCUGGACAGAGACGGUCACCAACAAAUCAGGACCUUUGGUAUUUAGAAAAACUAUGUUUAACUCUACUGAGAUCAAGUUUUCUGUUAAGUCAUUCAGUUGUUCCGGGCCUGUGAAGUUUACCAUAGAGUGGCAUUUGAAGUAUCAUACCUGUCACAAUGAAUACUCUGAGCUGGAAGAGCUGGCCCGGAAGCAUGAACUCCGUGCCGAUGAAGACUUUUGUGGUGUGUAUUUCAAGAACGUUGACUGUUGGACAACAAAAAAUGAAAACUUAGAUUGCAAUAGUGAUUUACAGGUGUUCCCUUCAUUGAAUAAUAAAGAACUAACAACAAAUGUCAGAAAUGUUUCCAACCAGGAAGGAUCCAUGGAUGUUGUAGCCAGAACACAGAGAGAUGGGUUUCAUAUCUUUAUUGUAUCUAUUAAAACAGAAAAAACAGAUGCAAACUGGAAUUUGAAUGUCUCUCUUUCUAUGAUGGGACCACAUGGGUAUAUCUCUGCGUCAGACUGGCCUCUGAUGAUUUUUUACAUGGUGAUGUGCAUUGUUUAUAUAUUAUAUGGCGUGCUCUGGCUGAUGUGGUCUGCCUGUUAUUGGAAAGAUAUAUUAAGGAUCCAGUUCUGGAUUGCAGCUGUUAUUUUCCUGGGAAUGCUAGAAAAAGCUGUUUUUUACACAGAAUACCAGAACAUCAACAGCACUGGCCUGUCAACCCAAGGUUUAUUGGUGUUUGCAGAGUUGAUAUCGGCAGUUAAGAGGACCUUGGCUCGCCUGCUCGUGAUCAUCGUGAGCCUGGGCUAUGGCAUUGUGAAGCCUCGCCUCGGAGCAGUCAUGCACAGGGUGAUUGGACUGGGACUUCUCUACUUCAUCUUUGCAGCUAUUGAAGGCGUGAUGAGAGUCAUAGGGGCGAAUGACUCUGAUCUCGUCCUGCUGGCCAGCCUGCCCCUCUCUCUCCUUGACUCUGGCUUGUGCUGGUGGAUUUUUAUAAGUUUGGCACAAACCAUGAAGACUCUGAGGCUAAGAAAGAACACAGUAAAAUUUUCACUAUACAGACACUUUACAAACACUCUCAUCUUUGCUGUGCUGGCUUCUAUAGUGUUUAUGAUAUGGACAACGAAGACAUUUAGAAUUGCAAAAUGCCAGUCAGAUUGGAUGGAACGCUGGGUUGACGAUGCAUUUUGGAGCUUCCUUUUUUCACUUAUCCUUAUUGUAAUAAUGUUUUUGUGGAGACCAUCAGCAAAUAAUCAGAGAUAUGCCUUCAUGCCCUUAAUUGAUGACUCUGAUGAUGAAGUUGAGGAAUUCAUGGUAACAUCUGAAAAUUUAACUGAAGGAAUAAAAUUGAGAGCCUCAAAAACAGUUUCCAAUGGAACAGCUAAACCUGCUACUUCUGAUAACUUUGAUGAAGAUUUGAAGUGGGUAGAAGAAAAUAUUCCCUCUUCAUUCACAGAUGUAGCCCUUCCAGUGUUAGUGGAUUCAGAUGAGGAAAUCAUGACCAGAUCUGAAAUGGCUGAAAAAAUGUUCUCCUCAGAAAAAAUAAUGUGAUUGGAAGCCUAGCAGCGAAGCCUGGCUGCCGGUGAAGGGGCGUCUCGGGCGGGGCGAGAGCCCUGGGCGGACAGCACACACGCUGCCGCGGGGUCCUCUUGGGAAUCUGCGUGGGGAAGUGGAGAGUUCAGGUGGGGGGGCCCUGCACCCCUCUUCAAGCCGACUUCUUGUGCAGUAAACUGUCUGGAUUCGAGAAGACUGAGAACAGCGCUGUGACAAAGCUGUCUGCACGCAUGCCUUUAGCUGACGGGCAGGCACGUGGGUAGCGGUCCCUGUGCUUUUCUCUGGAAACUAUGACAAUUCCAGAUUUUACAGAAUGUGUCCGGACCCCGCCCCCUUUUCUUCUUCCACACCUUGGCCACAGAGCAUGCGGUUCUUCUGAGGUGCUGCGUUCAGUGUCUCCGGCUCUGGGGUCUCUAGUUGCCAGAUGCAGUGAUGAUGUUCUGGACUUUUUACACUGAUGAAGCAUCGGAACACAGGCAUGUUUAUAUAUUUAAUUUUACCUUUUUUUUUUUUUUUUUGGUAUGCACAAAGCCCUUGUUUGUGAAUAUCAACAUGUGCAUCCAGCUGUGGAGUUAGUUCUUCUCUGAGCUCAGGGGAACAAAAGUGCACAGGGAGAGAAGUCUUGAGGGUCACUUCCAAAGAUGUGUUCUCCGUUCCCCACUGUCCCCUCCCUCAGGCCGUGUGCACAAGUGCUGCUGCUGAUCCUGCUGGGGGCCGGUGGAGGGGCUGGGCCACCUGGCUCCCCCAGCGCUCCUGCCCAGCCAGCCGGGAGAGUUGGUGGUACCAGUGACUCUUGUGGGAACUAGAACUGUAUCUUUUACAUAAUCUUGGCCUAUUCUGUUUCAUAAUAAAAAUAUAUAUUUAACUGCAAAGUACAUCACGGUUAAUUUUGUAAUUGAUUUCUCAACCUGCAACCAUAUUUUAUACCUUAUUUUGUUAUAUUGUAUAUUUGUAUUGUAUGAUUUGAAAUUAUUUGUUUGAAUAUGUUUUAAAACUGUAGAACAACCUAAACUUGAAAGGCAGUUGAAUGUAUUAUGUUGAAAAUGUGAAUGUUUUACCGCUUUCAUGACCAAAGACACAGGACUGGUGGACAUUUAGAACAGGAAUGAAUGUUGGAAUCUUGGCUUCUUGUCUUUGAAGGAGUUCUAACCUUGUGAAUUGAGAAUGACUUCAGAGAAUUUCGAUGGAGAAAACAUUAAAAUCCUCACCAGUACAAACACUUAAAUAUAACCUCUAACUUUUUUCACUGUGAAGCCACAAAAUAUUUUUUCAAAAGCUUACUUCUUAAAAUGUAUGUAUUUUUAUUUGAAAGAGAGAGAGAUUAUGAGACACACAGAGAGACAGCUCACCUACUGGGUCACAACCCCAAAUGCCUGUAACAGCCUGGGCCAAGCUGAAGCCAGGGUCUCCUGGGUGGCAGGGACCCGAAUACUGGAGCCAGCCCUUUCUGCCUCCCAGGGUGCGCACUAGCAGGAAGGUGGGACUGGGCAUGGAGCCAGGACUUGAACCCAGGCUCUCCAGCAUAGGACACAGGCAGCCCAAGCACCAAACGCCAUGCCUGACUUCAUUUCUUAAAUUGUUUACUUAUUUGAGGGAUUCAUAAAGACUUAUCGCCGGUAAUAAUGUCUCUGAAAGAUAUCUGCAGAUGUGUUUUCCGUAGUGAAUGUUUGGAAAGUAGGCAGCAUAGACAACUGCUGGGAACGUCAUGGUGUUCAGUGUCGUUGCUUGGGGACGUUCUCCUUCACAGGAAGAGAGUGAUUUCACAGUGGUGGAUUCCGUUUGCGUACGCAGUGGGCUCCCACCCACGCCCUGCCCCAGCCUGUGUGUCCUGCCCGGCUUGGCUUGUGUUCCGCUUCAGCUCGGGCGUUAGAGCUGGAGUGACAUCUGCCUUCUUCCCAACAUUUAUAUCCAGUCUCUCUCCCCCUCCCCGGUUUUGUGGGAUGUUGACACUGCCCCCACUCCCCGGGCCAACUCUUCAACGGCUUUAGUUGACUUUUGAGAAAAAAGUUCUGGGCUUGCAGCCAGCAGGAGCUGUAAUUUAUUAGGGAAUUGUUAAGUCAGUAUGAAAAUGGCCUUUGACACCACCUCAGUAGUGUAAUUUUUUUUUUUUUUUUGGACAGGCAGAGUGGACAGUGAGAGAGAGAGACAGAGACAGAGAGAAAGGUCUUCCUUUGCCGUUGGUUCACCCCCCAACGGCCGCCGUGGCAGGCGCACUGCGCUGAUCCGAUGGCAGGAGCCAGGUGCUUCUCCUGGUCUCCCAUGGGGUGCAGGGCCCAAGUACUUGGGCCAUCCUCCACUGCACUCCCUGGCCACAGCAGAGAGCUGGCCUGGAAGAGGGUCAACUGGGACAGAAUCCAGCACCCCGACCGGGACUAGAACCCGGUGUGCCGGCGCCGCAAGGCGGAGGAUUAGCCUAGUGAGCCGCGGCGCCGGCCCCUCAGUAGUGUUAUAAAAACGCUUCUUCCUUCCACUGGAAAGAUAAAUGAAGCUACCUGCCGCGGCCCAGCUGCCCCUAGACAAAGCAGGAAUCACUCCUAACCACCUCGUGGGCGAUGUCUGGAGGCGCACGGGCAGUGUUUCCUUCGUCAGCACCGUCGGUGGUGGAUGGCUUGACUGGAGGGUUCCGGUGCUGGGCUUUCUCACCCCCCUCCCCCGCAGGAAUGGCUGGAGGACGCUGGGGAGAGGUUGCAGUUCCCCGUUGUUGCUUCAGCAGGGAGUCCUGAGGCUGGCCUCGUGGCCCUGGGGGCACUCCGAUCUUACUUUUUCAGAUCCCCUCAGGAUGGCAUCCCUGCUAAUGAAGUGCUCCGCAAAACGCUGUAGAGCGCUUGUUACGCAAUUCAGGUUAGACUUCUGUGCAGUUUGCCUAAAAGGGAAUGAGUUGAGUUAGAUUCUAGUAUUUAAAUACCUGCUUUCAAGGAUAGUUUAUUUCAAACAUAAGGGGGAAAAAUAGGUGAAUAUGUGAAUUUUUUUAAGCCUGAGAGAUCAGAUCUAAAUAGUUAUUUUGCAUCUGUUCAUGAGAAUACAACCUUUCCCCCUAGUAUCACAUACCGUUUGCACUAUCACAGUGUCAAGACUUAAAGUGUAAAAGUGUACACUUAGGGUAGAUGCUGACAUCAUUUUUUUAAACGAAAGAUUGAGUCUGUUCCAGUAGGUUAGAUAUGAAUAAAGUUGGCUGAUGUUAUGCUUCAUUUAUAAAUCACUAGUUCUGGGACUUGUGUCUUUGUGUGAUCAAUAGCAUCCAAUAAGCAAUACAAAACACCAAGCCUAUAAGAAAUCUAACAUUGGUGAAGUUCUGAAGAUAUUGAAUGUAUUGAAGUAACGUAACCAUAAAUUUUGAAGGAGAUGUGUAUUAUAAAAAAGGUUAAUACUGCAUUAAGAAACAUUUAGAACUAGGAAAACAUUUGUUUAUUUGAGAAUAGUUUAAAAUAUUUUUUAUUUAAAAUUAACUUGGGAGAAUGUAGGAAAUACAGUUUGAAGGAUUUUUGUUUGAAAAAAUGAUGUACUUUUGUGCCUUAACAUUUGUUCUUUUAAUAAAAUGCUUUGAUGUUUUGGGUGA